GUUCACACAGAGAAAAACUUUACUAACUGUUUCAAAACUACAAUGUGGUUGGGCAUGAUGGGAAUUACAGUUUUGCAACAGCUGGAGAGCCACAGGUUGGGGAACGCUGAUUCUUUUGUAUGAUGGGAAUUGUAGCUUCGCAACAGCUGGAACACCUGCCCUCGUGAUAAAAUCGGAAUCACGUGAAGCACCCGCCCACGUGACCGUGUCUCACAAUCCGGUAAAUGGCUCCAGCUAUUCCAGCCAUCCGGUGCGCACAGGGCGGCCAUUCCUGUAAUCUCUUCCUCUCUAAUCUAUUUACACGCCACAGACCCAGCAACGUGCACAUCCCUUUAAAUAGCAGCUGACGUCACAGCCUCCAGGCCCCGCCCCUUCCAUCGCAGGUGGGCGGAGACUGCAGGGAAGGUGAUGACGUCGGCGCUUCUCCCUCUUGCCCUGACGUCGCCGUGUACACAGAGCCAGGCAGGCACGGGGCUGGGAUGCCAGCUUGCGGCGCAUGCGCGGAAUAGCGGAUCUGGAGCCGCACAUCACACAGCUCUCCCUCUGCCUGGAUGAGCUUAUCCGCGGCCGGUACCGCACUGCGAUCUAUACUGCCUGGUGUGAACACCGCCGGAUGCCCGGUGCCUUCUACGGUACCAGAACACCUUCACUAAGGGGGAUACGAUCACCCCCCAGCGAUGGGGCCCUAAUGUACUCGCAACGCAGAAUCUGCUCCUGGCGGCAUUAACUAAUGCUUUUCUUGCUUGCUUUGUGGCAACUAGCCGAGCACCCACAAUCACAGGGCACAAUGACCAUGUCCAGUUUACGUGAUCUGUCUCAGGAGGGGACUGCCAUGAUGACAGGUUUACCUGCUUCUACUAUUCCCGGCACCGAAGCCCCCGUAAGUCCCAAUGUCUCCAGGACGCCAGAGGAGGAGCCUUUCACCUUGGAGCAGCCCAUGUUCCUUAUGACCACCACCGCUCAGGCCGUCUCGGGGUUCUUUGUCUGGACUGCAUUACUUAUCACCUGUCACCAGAUCUAUAUGCAUCUGCGCUCCUACAGCUGCCCUAAUGAACAGAGACACAUUGUCCGAAUCCUCUUCAUCGUUCCUAUAUACGCCUUUGAUUCGUGGCUCAGUCUCCUCUUUUUCACCAAUGACCAGUACUAUGUGUACUUCGACACGGUGCGGGACUGCUAUGAAGCAUUUGUCAUCUACAAUUUCCUCAGCCUGUGCUAUGAGUAUCUUGGAGGAGAGAGUAACAUCAUGACUGAAAUCCGGGGGAAACAAAUUGAGUCUAGCUGUAUGUACGGUACUUGCUGUCUGUGGGGGAAGACUUAUUCCAUAGGCUUCUUACGCUUUUGUAAACAGGCCACCCUGCAGUUCUGUGUGGUGAAGCCAUUAAUGGCAGCGGUCACUGUAAUACUUCAAGCUUUUGGCAAAUAUCGGGAUGGUGAUUUCAACGUGGCCAGCGGUUACCUCUACGUGGCCAUCGUUUAUAACAUCUCGGUCAGCCUUGCGCUCUACGCUCUCUUCCUUUUUUACUUUGCCACACGAGAGCUGCUUAGUCCCUACAGCCCCUUGUUGAAGUUCUUCAUGGUGAAGUCCGUGAUUUUCCUUUCCUUCUGGCAAGGGAUGCUUUUGGCUAUACUGGAAAAGUGUGGAGCCAUUCCAAAAAUCCAUUCAGCGGAGGUUACUGUGGGUGAGGGCACAGUGGCUGCUGGGUACCAGAACUUCAUCAUCUGUGUGGAGAUGUUCUUUGCAGCAAUAGCCCUGCGGUAUGCUUUUACUUAUAAAGUAUACCUAGACAAGAGGCUGGAUGCCCAAGCUGUUCCAAUCUAUGGUCAAUAUGGCCGCUGCGCCCCCAUGAAGAGCAUCUCCAGCAGCCUGAAGGAGACGAUGAAUCCCCACGACAUCGUCCAGGACGCCAUCCAUAACUUCUCCCCGGCCUACCAGCAGUACACACAGCAGUCCACCCUGGAGCAGGGCACAAGCUGGCGCAAUGGACAAAUAAUCUCCCGCUCCCACAGUCUGUCGGGCGCCCGAGACACAGAGAAGACCCUACUUCUGAGUUCCGACGACGAGUUCUGAAUCCGCAAGGAGAGGCGGCCUGACUGACGGACUCCUAGGGGCGAGGACUCGGUCACAUUUGUGGUUUAUAGCCCCCCCCCCCCCCCCCCCCCAUUCUUUGCUGCCUUUUUUGUUUUCUUUUAGAGUCCAACAAAAAUGGGCGAUAUCGGUAUAGAGGGGCGUCAUAGGUGUUUUUUUUUUUUUUUUUUCUUCAUCUGUUUUUUUUGGAGGUAUGUUGCGGGUUGCGUUAGUAUUUUUGUAUAAGCUGAACAGAUACGGUUUGUUACAUUUUCCUGAUGCCAAGUUCAUGGUUUUUUAUGUGUAGAUGUGAGGACCUGGACCGUGUGUGUGCUGGCGUAUCUCAGUUGUGUUGCCCUAGUGCCCCGACUGAACCAGAACUAUGGGUGCUUGGGCUGAGCUUGUCUGAUGCUCAAUGAAUUGGGUGUAAGGAACCUCUUGGCAUACAUUUGUCCCAUAGUCUAUGGUAGUGUUUGCCAACCAGGGUGCCUCCAGCUGUUGCAAAACUACAACUCU